UAACAACAAAUAACCACCCCUGUAAGUUGUUGGAAUUCGUACUAUAAUAAUUCAACCACAUCUAAUUCAGAUAAACAAUGUCCACUAGCUAGGUGUCUCCUCCUUUAAUGGAGUGGAGCCUUGAAGUUUUGUGUAAGUUGGCACAAUGGCAGUUGAUGAAACUGUUCCCAUGCAGUCUGCUAUGUUCAUUUGAUACUAUAUAAAUUGCUGUAUCUUGUUCUAUCUUCAUCAUCAUCGAUUGCAGAGGUUCUUCGAUCAUCUAUAUUCUUCAACAUCGUCCCAUAAGUAUUCGAUCCAUCAAAAAAAAAAAAAACAUCGUCCCAUAGGUGUAAUGGAUUUUCUUUCCACUGCUUUACCACCCAUAACAAUAAGUUUAGCUGUAAUACUCUUGGCCGUUAUUUUUUGGCCGGCGAAGAACAAGAGGUACCCUCCUAUUGCCGGAACUGUCUUGCACCAAGUCAUCAAUUUCCCAAGGCUGCAUCAUUACCACGCUGAGCUUGCAUGCAAGUACAAAACUUACAGGAUACUAGACUUGUUCAAACAUGCUGUCUACACAGUAGAUCCUGCAAAUGUGCAAUACAUACUCAAAACAAAUGUUGCAAACUAUGGCAAGGGAUUUUACCUGCAUAGCAUUCUGUCCGAUCUUAUGGGAGAUGGAAUCUUCGCUGUGGAUGGGGACAAAUGGCUGCAUCAAAGGAAGACAUCAGGCUCUCACUUCUCAACCAAAGUACUUAGAGACUUCAGUAGUGAAAUCUUCAAAACCAAUGGGGUAAAACUUGCUGGCAUAAUUUAUGAAGCUGUAACCUGCGACAAAUCAAUGGAUAUCCAAGACUUGUUUAUGAAAUCAACCUUGGAUUCAAUAGUCAAGAUUCUACUCGGCAUCGAACUAGGCACCAUGUCUGGAACAAAUAAUGAAGAAAAUAUUCGGUUUUCCAAUGCUUUUGAUGAUGCAAACCAAGCUACCCUUCAUCGUAUUUAUGAUAUCUUCUGGAAGAUCAAGCGGUUCCUAAACAUUGGUAGGGAAGCAGUGCUAAGAAAAAAUAUAGAAGUGGUGGAUCACUUUAUAUACAAAUUAAUCAACAGAAAGAUUGAAACAUUCCAUAAAUCAGAAAAUGAUAAGCUAUAUUUAAAGAAAAGAGACUUUAUCUCAAGCGUUUUGGAAACUAGUGAGACCGAUCCAAAGUACUUGAGAGACAUGGUCCUAAAUUUUAUUGCAGCCGGCAAAGACACAACUGCUUCUGCACUUUCAUGGUUUUUUUAUAUGAUGUGCAAGCAUUUCGAUAUACAGGAAAAGAUUGCACAGGAAGUUAGAGAAGCAACAUGUCUGAAUAAUACUUCAAGUGUUGAUGAACUUGCAGCCAAUCUUACUGAAGAAGCUCUUAGCAAAAUGCACUAUCUUCAUGCAGCUUUGACUGAGACACUCAGACUCUAUCCUACGGUUCCAUUGGAUGCGAAAGUUUGUUUUUCUGAUGAUAUCUGGCCGGAUGGAUUUAGUGUCAAAAAAGGAGAAAUGGUGGUAUACCAAAUUUAUUCAAUGGGCCGGAUGAAGUUUUUAUGGGGUGAUGAUGCAGAAGAGUUUCGGCCAGAGAGAUGGCUUGACAAAAAUGGAAAUUUCAAGGAAGAAAGCCCUUUCAAAUUCAUAGUCUUUAAUGCUGGUCCAAGAAUUUGUGUAGGGAAAGAGUAUGCUUAUAUGCAGAUGAAGAUCGUUUCUGCUAUUCUUUUAGGUAGCUACAAAUUCAAGAUGAGUGACGAGAAAAAACUAGUCAAUUACAAAACGAUGUUCACCCUCCAUAUCGAUGAAGGUCUUCAUGUUAAUGCCUCUCCAAGAGUUUGACCGUGCAAGAAAGUUAGAUUAUAUUUUUUGUUUCAAACAUCUUUCACUUGCCUAUCAAUGUUAAUUAUUGUAGUAGGAAGCGUCAUUGGUUGUUCCAAUUGAAAAUAAAAGAGGCUAGUCCUCUUCUUUAAGCAAAUAGUUUUGUUUCUUGUUUCUUUGAUAGAUCAACAACUUGUAGUUAAUGAGCAUUAGUGAGGGUUAAUUACAUAUAAGUGCAUCUUUGAAUGUUUUUUUAAUCAUAAGGCCAUCAACUAGUUUUUUCCCUCAUAAGGCUACUAGAUUAAAAAAAGUGUUAUGUUAGCCAAAUAGCCACCCUCAAGUAUAAGGGGUACAAGUAAUAAUAUAGGGAUUUAAGAAAGGUUGUCGAACCCACGAGGAUUGGAUUCCUUUCACUAGCUAGGGUGUGAACCUAAGGAGAGCUAGAAUAUACAAAUGUACAAUCACAAACCUAAAUUUACAAGGAAAUCUAGGCUUAUGGUGAGUAUGUGCAUUGUGGUGAUAGUGAAAUUGUUUUUGGUUUUUGAAGAUAGUUUUGAAUUGAAAACAAUUAGCUCAAAUGUAAACUAAAUUACUCUAAACUAAAAUAGUGAUAUAAUGGAUGAAGUUAGGGGUUGGAUUGUCUACCA